AUGGCUACUCGUCAAGCAAUGUCUAUUUGCGAUCCCUUUCGGCGGUCAGGGAAUUAUCACCCAAGCAUAUGGACGGACGAGCGUGUGCAAUCCCUCACGAGCACCUCCGCGGUUCAACGAGAAGAGAAACGUGAGACAAUAAAAGUACUGAAGGAGCAAACUAGGAAUCUGAUACUCGAGAAGCAGCAAGUAGCAGAGCAGCUUCAACUGAUCGACCAUGUGCAACAGCUCGGCUUGGCUUACCACUUCAAAGACGAGUUUACAGACGUUUUAAGUCGUCUUCAUGCUUCUUUAGACAAGGUGAGCUCGCAGCUGAAGGACGAUCUGCAUGCCACAGCGCUGCUCUUCAGGCUCCUCAGAGCAAAUGGCUUCUCUGUUUCACAAGAUUUGUUCGAGGUAUUUAGAGACGAGAAGGGAAACUUCGAAGCUCGCUGUGAGAACCAGAUCAGAGGGCUUCUGAGUUUGUACGAGGCUUCCUACUUCGAGAAGGAUGGAGAGAUUAUGCUGAAGGAAGCCAUGGAUUUCGCGACUGAGCAGCUGAAAGGAUUCAUGGAGGAGGGAUCUGUUCCUGAGGCUGGCGGUCUCAGAGAGCAGGUGGCCCAUGCGCUGCAGAUUCCACUGAAUUGGCGGCUGGAGAGAGUGCAGCACAGGUGGUUCAUUGAAGCAUGCAGUGGCGAUGACACCGUCAACCCUCUCUUGCUGGAGUUUGCUAAGCUCGACUUCAAUCUGGUUCAGGACAUGUACAAGAAUGGUGGUCCGGGCUCGGGCUUGCAGAGAAGCUGCCAUUUUUCAGAAACAGAUUACUUUGAAAACUAUCUGUGGGCACUUGGUUUCACUUAUGAACCAGAAAGCUGGAGAUGCAGAAUGAUGGAAACAAAGGCAAUGUGUCUUAUUACAUUGAUUGAUGAUAUUUACGAUGUCUAUGGAACCUUGGAUGAACUCCAGCUCUUCACUGAUGCCGUCUACAGAUGGGACUUAACUGCCAUGGACAAGCUUCCAGAGUACAUGAAAUUAUGUUUCUUUGCACUCUUCAACCUAGUGCACGAAGAAGGCUACCAGGUGAUGAAGGAGAAGGGCUUGGACAUUGUGCCUGGCUUAAAAAGAAGAUGGGGAAAUCAAUGCAAAUCAUACCUUGAGGAAGCAAAAUGGUUCCACCAUGGCCAAACCCCCAAGCUCGAGGAAUACUUGGAGAAUGCAUGGGUUUCAGGAUCUGGUCCAAUAAUUCUGUUUAAUGCUUACUGUGUGGGCAAAGACUUAACUAGAGAGUCCUUGAAAAUUUUUUCCAGUUACUAUGAGAUCACACGCUCCGCCAGCACACUCGCUCGUCUUUACAAUGAUAUGGGUACUUCCAUGGAUGAGCUUGAAAGAGGCGAUGUGGCGAAAUGUAUUCAAUGCUACAUGCACAACAAAGGUGUCUCAGAGGAAGUGACAAGGAGGGAGAUAAGAGAAUUGAUGAGGAAAUAUUGGAGAGAAUUAAAUGGAGCUCUUAGUUGGGAUUCUCCAUUAGAGGUGUACUUCAAGAACGUAACAGUCAAUAUCAAUCGGACGGCACAAUUCUUUUAUCAGGAUAGGGAUGGAUAUGUGGCUACCAUCCUCCGUUCUUUUGCCAGUCAGGAGAAACCAUCUGUGGCUGUUCUGCAAGCUCUAAAUGAAGAGUUAACACAAAGCCUGUCUUCUGAUCCGGCUGCUUCCACCAGUCUACAGCCUUCGGAACCCCAAGCUGCCGACGCAGUGGCCACCUCGACACUUAUUGAACCACCGACUCCCAGCCCUGCAGACUCAACCCUACCCGCAUCUCUGAUCAACCUGCGGCUGAGCCAUCGCCCGCAGGACAAGUGCCUUCUCUCCCUCCUACUAUGA